GUGGGCACAGGUGGGUGGCACUUCUGGGCACAGGUGUGUGACACUGCAGCAGUGGCACAGGUGGGUGCACUGCUGGGCACAGGUGGGUGCACUGCUGGGCACAGGUGGGUGAUCUGCUGGGCACAGGUGGGCGGAGCUAGUGGGCGCACUGCUGGGCACAGGUGGGCGACUUGCGGGUGGCACUGCUGGGCACCGAUCAUCAGGGCACUGAUCAUCAGUGUCCUGAUGAUCGGUGCCGAUCCCCGCUGUGACAACUGCCGGUUCUCGGCAGUACUUUCCUCACGAUCUGACAGCGUGAGGAAAGUGCAGCCGAGAACCGGCACUUGC